CAUCCAUUGAUACAAGAGCAACAAAAGCGAUAGUGUUUAUGGUUCCUGCACAUAGGCAGCAGUUGUGGCAUCCUGGUGUAUAGGAACCACACAUUACGUAUCUCACGCAAAGCGCGUACACACACACACACACACACACCAAUACUGUUUUUACAGUACAAUAUCAAAGCUGCGCAUGUGUAUCCUGUAUAAGCACGGUCGUCAGUGGCCAUGAGUGGCCGUCAAUGUCAAUUCGUUUGCAUGUUGCAGACACAGAGAUGUAUACGUAGCAUGAUACGUAGUGUAUAAUCGUUCGCAGAUAGUGAUUCCAGAUCUUAGAUUUCACUGCUUCCAAACAAGAAACACCAUUUCACGUGCGAUAUCCACGUGAGGUUCGCGCGAUCAAAUCGAGCUAAAUCCUCCGUACAUGAUGAAUAUCAGAGUGUCUUUCGUAUUCGCGAGUAUUUUUGCCGCCAGCUGUUCUAGCACUGAUGAUCUUGAUCUGGGCACGAUCGUUUUCGCAAAUGUUUUGUAUAGACAUGGAGAUAGAACUCCUGUUGGACGUUACAAAAAUGAUCCUUAUAAUGAAACAUCCUGGCCAAUUCCAUAUGGGCAAUUGACAAAUCUUGGAAAACAUCAACAUUUACUCCUUGGGCGUUGGCUGAGGAAACGAUAUUCUCAUUUUUUAAGCAACAAUUAUACACCAUAUGACAUUUAUGUACAAAGUACGGAUGUAGAUCGUACAUUAAUGUCGGCGGAAGCGAAUUUAGCAGGACUUUAUCCGCCAGUGAAGAACCAGGUCUGGGAUGAUGUUAAAUGGAUGCCAAUCCCUGUACACACCAUUCCAGAAAAACAAGAUUACGUGCUGAAAGCAAGUAAAUUCUGUCCACGAUAUAAAUAUGAACUGGAAAAAGUCUUAACAUCGCCAGAAAUGGAACGUAUAAAUAAAGCGAAUGCAAAGCUUUAUGCCUAUUUAACUGAGAACACUGGAGAUAAAAUAUCUUCUUUAGAAGACGUUAACCAAUUAUACAAUAUUUUAUAUAUUCAGAACUUAUAUAACAAAACUCUACCUCAAUGGACAAAGUCGGUGUUUCCAGACAAAUUAAAACCUCUUGCUAUGCUUAGUUUCACAACAGAAGCCUAUAACAUAAUACUUCAGAGAUUAAAAUCAGGUUCACUACUUGGAGAAAUGAUAGAUCACAUGGUCAAAAAAGUACAAAAUACUUUAAAACCUGAUAGGAAAAUAUGGAUGUACAGUGCUCAUGAUGAGACUGUGGCAAAUAUGUUAAUGACUUUGAAUUUAUUUGAACUUCAUUGCCCACCUUACACUGCUACAAUUCUAAUAGAAUUAAGGACAAACUCUAAAAAUCAAUAUUUUGUAACGAUUUCUUAUAAAAAUAGUACCAUGGAACCAAUACUUAUGACAUUACCAGGCUGUAAUACAUUAUGCCCCUUAGAUGAAUUUAUUAAUUUGACAAGAAACGCUGUACCUGAAGACUGGGAAAGAGAAUGUUUAAUAGCUUGGGAGGAUAUAAGUCCUAGUGACGUUAUUGCAAUCCUGGCGUCGUCUAUAUUAAUGUUAGUUUUAUUGGUCCUAUUAAUAAUAGCUUUCAUAUACUGGCGUCAUAAAAGAGAACCUGGACAGUAUUAUUUUCGUUUAACAUAUAAUGAUUAUAACGAUGCCAUAUAAUAUUGAUUAAAAAUAUGGCAAGGCUUUGAAAAAUAUUAAACAUUAAUGCUUAUAAUAAAAUGGGGCAAGAUAAAGUUUUUCCGUGGUCUCAAAAGAAACGGAAUGAAAUAUUAAGUACAUGAAACAAUUUCAAUUACUAAAUGGUAUUUUUGAUUCUAUAUUAUAUUUUUAGAGAAUUUUUUAUGGUGAAUGACAAGAUUCGAUCAUUGAUAUUUUUAUUGUAUAUUUACCACACAAUA